GGGGACACAGCAUCCUACACACCAGGAAUCAGCUCUGUUCUGUUUCUCCGUAUUGCUCUGGAAACUAAGCCACAAGCACAAAGGAUCUGCUGCUCCCCUCCAGCAGCCCACUCUCACCCCACCUGAACCCUCCUGUUUUCUCCCUCUGCCCUUGUCCUCGGCGGAUCCUCCGAAAUCCCGGGGCGGUAUAUGGAUAGAAGUUCCUUGUUUCAGCUCAUACAGGAGCAGCUGGACCCAGAGAACACCGGUUUCAUCGCAGUGGAGAACUUCACCAGUCUGGUGGAGCAUCAUGAGCUGCAAUUGGACCCCUCCAAGCUGGAGAUGUUGUUUGCCCUGGUGCAGAGCAACGAGGAAGGGCAGGUCUGCUACCAAGAGCUCAUUGAGCUGAUGAGCAGCAAACGUUCCAGUAGUUUCCGGCGGGCCAUUGCCAAUGGGCGCCGCACGCUGCAGAGGGAGAUCCUGCUGGAUGAGACGGGUUUGGGCGUCUACAAACGCUUUGUGCGUUAUGUGGCCUAUGAGAUCCUGCCCUGUGAGAGCGACCGCCGCUGGUACUUUCAUCAGAACCGCCUGUGCCCACCUCCUGUCUUCAUGGCCAUCAUCACCGUGGUCCAGAUCAUUGUGUUCCUCUGCUACGGUAUCAUGCUGAAUAAGUGGGUGCUGCAGACCUACCAGCCCGACUUCAUGAAGAGCCCCCUGGUCUAUCACCCGCGUCACCGGGCGCAGGUGUGGCGCUUCUUCAGCUACAUGUUCAUGCACGUUGGGUUGGAGCAGCUGGGGUUCAAUGCAUUGCUGCAGCUGAUGAUUGGUGUCCCCCUGGAGAUGGUGCAUGGUAUCCUGAGGAUCAGCCUGCUCUACAUGGCGGGCGUGGUGGCCGGCUCCCUGACUGUGUCCAUCACGGACAUGAGAGCUCCAGUAGUGGGGGGAUCUGGGGGGGUCUACGCUCUGUGUUCUGCGCAUCUGGCCAACGUUGUCAUGAACUGGGCUGGGAUGCGCUGCCCGUACAAGCUGCUCAGGAUGAUCCUGGCUCUGGUGUGCAUGAGCUCAGAGGUGGGGCGUGCCGUGUGGCUGCGCUUCUCCCCACCGCUGCCCUCCUCGGGCCCUCAGCCCAGCUUCAUGGCCCACCUGUCGGGGGCGGUAGUGGGCAUCAGCAUGGGCCUGCUCAUCCUGCGCAGCUACGAGGAGAGCCUGCAGCGCCAGUGCUCCUGGUGGGUCAUCGUCUUCUCCUUCAUCACCUUCCUCCUCUUCGCCAUCUUCUGGAACAUCUUCGCCUACGAGCUGCUAGGCGUACAGAUCCCGCCCCCUCCCUGA